AAAAAAAAACAUGUGGUUGGUUAUUUUUAUGGUAAUGUGCUUUGAUUAAAAUAGUUAAGUUAUUUGAAAUUAGUUUUGUGUAGUUCCCCGGAUUUAAAGUAUAUCUAAUGUGACAUCGAGGAAUGUGCCAGCCCUGCCUUUCUUAUUAACAGCAAGUCAUACUAUCAAACCAUUAUCCAAUUUACUGCAACUGAAAAUGAGUACUUCAAGAGGUAAUUCAUCCAGAAAGAGACCACAGAAGUAUCAAAACAAGACGGCAUUUAAAAAUGAUUUACAUGACAGUAGCCACAAAACAAAAUUGUUAAAUUCGUUAGAAAUAUCAGGAGUGUGUAAUAGAUGCAAAGAUAUAAUUGGAUGGAAAAUUAAAUACAAAAAAUACAAAGCACUGACUGCACCUAGAAAAUGCAAAGGUUGUGAAGAAAAAGCAAUUAAACAUGCUUACCAUCUUUUAUGUAAUAAAUGUGCCUCCAAUAAAAGUGUAUGUGCUAAAUGCACAAAAUCUUUACAUGACAUUCCAUUAGAAGAGGAAAAAAUUGAUCCAGAUGUUCAAGUAAUUUUAAAAGGUAUUCCAGAGAGAAAACGACGUACCAUCUUAAGGUUUAUUAAUAAACACCAGAAUGGCCAACAGAAACUAACACCAGAGUUGAAAUUGCAAUGUGAGAAAUUACUAAAUGAUUUUGACAAGGUCUCAUUAGAGGAUGAAUUUGGUUUUUCCAGUGAAGACGAUUGUGAUAGUAGUGACAACGAGGAGCAUUAAUUUUUUUAUAGAUUGAUAUACUUGAUAAUAUAACAU